AUGGCCGAGCCCGGGCCCGAGGGCGCGCGCGAGUGGGGGCUGGUUGGCUUUAGAUUCCUGAAGCUCUCGCUCGGCGUGUGUCGACGGCUCGCGGGGCUGCGCUACGCGGCCGGGGAGUGGGAUGCCGGGUUACUUUCAUUCCCACCCAGUCCUUGCCUUCUUCUCUCUGGCAUUGACUUCCAACACGGGAAGCUUUUUGCCAAAAUUGGGCUCCACGUCUGCCUGGGAUGCCUCUCGACGCUCGACCUCGCGCAGUGUGGGCUGGGGGACGACGGGCUGAUCCAGCUCGCGGCGGCCCUGGAGAAAGCCUCGGUGGGAUCCCCCUUGCAGAUCUGCGACCUCCUCCUCGCGGCGAACAACUUUGGCGACGUCAAGAAUAAAUCAUGGGGCGCGCUUUCGUUCCUGUGCAAGGCGCUCCGCGCUCCCCGUGCGCCGCACUUGAGGGUGCUGGAUCUCUCACACAAUCGCUUUAUUUCUUUGCGGCCGAUAUGUGCGCUGGUUGAGAUGGUCUCCAGCACCCUCCGCGAGCUGAACCUAUCCAACAUCUCCAUCCCCGAAAGGGCACAGGAGCAGGUCCUGCUUCUGACCGCUGUGAUGCAUCGACAAGAACAUCGCUGCCCCACGUCCAGCGGCGGGGCUCAAUCGUCGUCGGAGACUUUUCCGGCCUUUGAAUAUCUUGAUUUGAAGGCUGUGACCGAUCCAGAUGAGCGGAUAGCCCUUCCACGAGAGCUAUCCAUGUGGCUUCACAAUCAGACUGCUAUUCAUUUUGUACAGUAUCUUUUACAUACUGAGGAAGGCCGGCAUUAA